AUGCCCUCCCUCCCCCUCCUCUCCCUCCCCGCCUACUACGCCCUCGCCGCCUAUCCACACGCCUACGCCAUCUUCGGGCCUGGAGCCUCCAUCAUGACCGAGCGCGACAACACCAGUCCGAACGGGGCGCGCAACCAGGAACUCCUCAAGAAACGCCUUUCCCCCAAAGACUAUGCUGCUCUCGAGAACAUGCCCCUCUUCGCCGCCGCCGUCCUGGGCGGGCUGUUCGUCGAAGCCCAGACCAGCUCCCUCGUUGGCACCACAUCUUUCGCAAUCGGCGGCCUGCUGCUCCGCGCCGCCUACACGUGGAGCUACCUCAGCGUCACGAGCCAGAACUGGAGUUAUCUGCGCAGUGUGCUGCAUAAUGCGCAGGUUGUUUGGUCGUUUGUCGUGUUGGUGCGGGCGGCCAUGGCGUUGGGUUGA